AGUGAGCGCUUCGGUGCAGGGGAGAGCUGGAAGAUGCAGGCGAGCAGCAGGACUAAAAACAAAACGGGAGCAGGCAAAAAAGGCCGUCAACCAUAGAGCAUAAUCAAGGAUACAAAAACGGACUGGAAGUCAGACUAGAGAGAUGAAGGAGAACACAUGAUCAAACCCGGGACAUGACAGAUAUUGGCCGAACACACACAUUUGUGGAAGAUCAAGGUUCUUGGAGCUUCGAAUGAUUACAGUUGAACCAUUGAGUUUUCUCCAGAAAGUUAAGAAAAGGAUAAAAAUGCCGUCUGAAACGUCAGUUGAUCGCAACGUUGUCUACUGCCUGCUGUGCCAGAAGCCACAGACCACUCUCUCUGUACACCUGACCAGGGUGUGCAUGAAGGCCAGCACACCAGCAGAGAGAGCCGAGGAGCUGCAGAGGGCCAAGGCAUCCAACAGGUCCUGGAUGAUGACCAGCAGGACCUGGGACUACAACCAGCUCUGCCAGAUCCUUCCCGAUAGAAGCUGUCGCACCAAUAUGGUGGAGGAGCUCCUUCAGCGUGGGUUUUUCAUCAAAAACCAGCCCACAGAACCGGAAACAGCUGUUGCGAGCCAGCCCACGGAACCAGAAACAGCUGCAAAAGCCACCAUGUCUGCCAUUGCUGGCAGCUGUGCUGUUUUGAGGGCUGCCAAGCCUGAAUUCUUGCGAGUCUGUGUGAAACUGCAAAACAACAUUGAGGUCCUGGGUAGUGAGAAGGUGCUCUUCCGCUAUUAUUGCGAGGCUAUCCUGAUCCACUGCUACUUCCAAAGCCCGGGAGCGGUGCAAGCCUUCACAGAUGCAGAGUGGGUGGACCGGAUUCACCACGGUGGCAGGGUCGUGACUGGUGUCCGCAGCCAGAAAGCGAUGUUUGCCCUCACUCUUCAAGAGGAAGCGUGGUUUCAGCUGUAUUUCAUGCAGAUCAGAUCUGAAAACAUCCGGCCUGACAAGUGCUUCAACCAGUUUUUUCUUUCCUCUUCUGGAGAGGCUUUGAACAAUGUGACUCAAGACAUGAAACGCUUCCAUGACAUGUUCAAGCUGCCCUUGGUCAGGAGUCAGGUUUUGCGGAAGACUCUUCGGAUUUCUGCAAAAACCAUGCCUACACACCAGCGGGACGCCGUGGCACUUUAUUUGGCCUGCAGUUCUGGAGACCCACACCAAACUCACCGAAGGAUGCAGCCUCAGCAGGUUGUUGACACGGCUGUGCUGCUGGACUCCAUGGUGGGCUUUUCGUCAGAAGAUGAGAGCCGUGCAGUUGAAGAGGCUGAAACCAGCGAAGAGAGCGAGCCAGUGAGAGACUUCUCAUCGUUUAUUUCCAGUUUUCCGGUCUCCUGUGGAGGUCAGCCGCCGAAUAAGAUGCAGCGGAUCAAUGCCGGAUUUUCUGAUGACCGUGUGUUUUAUGAUAAGUGGAGAACUGUUCAGUAUGUCCAGAGACAGGAAUAUCUGCUGUCACACUUCACACACGAUAAACCAUCAGCUGCCACAGUGGCAAGGGUCAUCGGACAAGAGGGGUGGAAAGGCAAUCACCCUAAGCCUGAGGAGAUCGUGAGCCUUUGGAAACCACCUCCCAAGGUGACCAUCGAGACAGAUGAAUUUAUCAUCAAGUCUGUUUCUGAGCAGAGCUGGUCAGGCCUUACCCUUAAGGACUUUGGCCCUGUGCGGGGUCAAGGAGUGGUUGCAACCAAGCGUUUUUCUAAAGAUGACAUUGUCUGUGAUUACCACGGGAAGGUCAUCUCUGGCGCCAGCGGAAGACAGAUAAGGGAGCACAUCAGAGAUGAGGCCGGCUACCUCUUCUUUUUCAAAGCCGGACAGAGGGACCUCUGCAUUGACGCGCGGACCUUCCCCUGUGAGUGCCAUCCAGACAAAGUCAUGUUCGGGAGAAAAAUCAAUCACUCAUCCAAGACUGCAAACCUUGAGCUGGUACACUGUGUGAUGAAAAUUCAUGGGAAGGACACAGAUGUUGUGCUUUUUAAAGCACUGCAUGACAUCGAUGUGAACACAGAUUUAAAAUUCGACUAUAAAUUUAUUUCUUUUUAAAUUAUUAUAGGCCAUGCAAAGGACAGCUGAUCACAUUACUGUGUAUUUCUGAUGCUAGAAAGAAAACUCAACAGGACGCUCUACCUAAAGGUGUGACAUGGGUCUGUGGCCUAAAAUAACUCUCCAGAAAGUUUGGAGUUCUUACUGUUAUAAGGUAAAGUAAGGUAAGGUAAGAGUUCUGCUUCCUAAUUGUCUUGAAGAUAUUAAAAUGCUGUGUAUGUCUUAUGCUAGAAUCUUUAUGAACUGAAUUUCAGAAGUCUCUGUACUUAAAGGUGCAGAACUCUGUUCAAACAACAGCAUAUCUUUAUAUAUGUCAUUGCAUUGUAUAUGUAAACUCCUUCUGACCAAAGACAUUUUGUGAAUGUUUGAGGAGCUCUCCGGAUCCAGAUCAUGUGAUACUGAGGACUGGGUUAAACUGCUGUAAAUUAACUAAAAUAAAAAAACAGGGAAACGUCA